AUGGACCAGCGCAGGAGGUUCCGACACCGCCCUCUGACACGCGGCUGGGUGGCGUCCAUUCUGCAGAGAGCGCUGCGGUCAGAGACCGAGGUGCUGGAAGGUGCACGGAAAUACACGAUGGUUCCAGAAUGGGAAGCCCGCGUACCGGAGGAGGAGAGACCGCGGGGCGAACAGACGGGCGGCGCUAAACAGUGGGACUACCUAGUGUCGGCGAGGGAGCUGAGCCAGAUAAAGAAACACAUCUUCCGAGCGGAGCGCGCCAGGGGCCUCAGGGACCACAAGUACCGGCUGUUUCCUCAGAGAAUCCCAAGUGAGAAACUUCCCCCCAAAACGCUCACCCCGCAGAAGGACGAGAGGGCUCACAAUGUCCAGAAAACACCCAAAGCCAAGCCCCAGAAGCACCAGGCAGCAUGGGCGCAGGAGCAGAUGCAGAAACACCAAGACCGCAUGGCUCGGGGGCGGGAACGUGCGGAGCAAAGACACCCUAAGCCGGGGGCCCAGAAGCCCCCCGCCCAGGCGCCUCCCCUCCUGAAGGCUCGGGGGAGGCCCGAGGGAGUGAGAGAACUGGAGCGGGUCACAGCCUACCCCAUUGCCCAGCCUCGCCAGGACGCACCCAUGGAAGUGACCGUUCUGAUGGAAAAGCCUAAAGGAGAGAGCGAGGUUAAAAAACCACUGGGAAGAGAGCUCCUGGCUGUACCACCGUUUCUGAAAAGUCGACUAGAAAAUAAAGUUAAAAUUUCCUAG